AGUUUUAGUGAUUUUGAAACAAUUUUUGGUGUUUUCAUUGGACAUCAAUUCUAUUUUACAAUAGUAGAAACCUGUGUUAUUGGGCAUUGCAAUGUGUAUCACAUGCAUCCAUUCUCUUGUUCAUUUACACUUUUUUGUUCCUAUAUUCCCAUGUUCUAUGGUUCCUUAUUUCCUAGUGUCUUAAUCCCCAUGUUCUUUGGUGACCAUGUUUCUUGAUUCCAUGUUUACUUAUUUUUAUAUUCUUUGGUUCUUAUAUUUCUCAAAUUUCUUGUGUUCCCUUCUUUACAACCAAUCAAAAGGCUUCUUUGCUUCCUUAUAUUAUACCCAAGUUGUCAUAUAUGUAUAUAUAUAUAUAUAUAUAUAUAUACUUAUAAAAAAAAAAUUGUGUUUGUAUAUUUGUCCACAAAAGUUAUUGAUUAAAUGAGGUUAUUAAAUGGUAUUGAUUGAAUACCAGUUAUUGAUUGAAUGAGGUUAAUAAUAUUCAUUUGAUUCAAAUUUUAAUAUUAAAAAUCACUUUGAGUUCAAUCAUUAUUCUUUUGUUUUAAAAACUAUAUUUUUAAAUCGCCAUUUUUGAAAAUAAUAAUAAAAAGGACGAAAACUGUUGUGAUAAAAAUCAGAGUACAUUAUGAGGUCAAGUUUAAUUGAAAAUUUACUCGGUUUGUUUUUUAAUAUUUGAUAAAUAUUACAGAUUAAAAAAACCUAACACGUGGCUCAGCAGUGUUUUUAAUUCAAAAUGAAAUCAUAAAAUGGCCGCAAUAAUGUCCAAAGUUUGGCUCCAAGAGCAAUGUAAAAAGUAUAAACAGUAUCAUAGUCCACAUUUAAAUGAUAAACUUUAUUUGCAAAAUCAAGGAUUCUCGGCAAUUGAGAAUUUGGAAGAAUAUACUGAAGUGAAAAUUGCAUACCUUGAGUGUAACUGCAUUGAAAGCCUCACAGGCUUGCAGCACAUGACAAAGCUACGUACUUUAGUCGCUCAUAAAAACAACAUCAAAAAGAUUGAGCAUUUAAAUGAUUUAAAGAUGCUUGAUUCGAUUGACCUCAGUGACAAUGCAUUGGCCAAGCUAGAAAAUUUAUCAUGCUGUCCAAAGUUAACAUCUUUAAAUGUUGCAAACAAUCAUCUCAAGACAAAUGAAUCAAUACAUCAUCUCAAAGAAUGCAAUAACAUUAGGGUACUAGACUUGUCACACAACAAACUAGAGGAUGGAGAAUAUGUAUUAGAAGUAUUAAAGACAUUGCCUUUUCUAUCUUGUUUGUAUCUUUCUGGAAAUCCAUGUGUUAGAAGUAUUUCAAACUAUCGAAGGACUUUAAUCUCAAUGCUACCAGGUUUAAAGCAUUUAGACCAUUCUCCAGUGUUCUGGACUGAACAAAUCUAUGCUAAUGCUUGGGCAAAUGGAGGAGAUGAAGCUGUAGAAUUAGCACGGGAAGAAGUUUCAAAAACCAUAAAGGAAAUGGAGAGAACCCAAUUUGAAGGAAUGAGAAUGCUACAAGCUCAAGCUGUAAAAGAACGCCUGGUACCAAUUGAUGCUACUUUACUGCAAUUUGAUGAGAAUGAGCUGAUUGCAUCAUCUGUAACACCCAAUACUACAACAAAUUGUGAACAACCUUUAGGUUUGGAAAAUAAUGUUCACAUUUGAAGCUCAAAACAAUGGGCUUAUGAAUACCUGAUUGUAAUAAUAUAUUAGAUUGCCAUUCAAAAAUAGAUCUAAAUGCAAUUUUCAGUUCCAUAUUUUACAAGUAAUAAAAUUUACAUCUUAACUUUUGUUUCAACACUUCAUUUCAUACGGAAGACAAUCCACUAGUUUAUAGUUCACAUAAAGUUCAUAUUAUCAAGAGAGUCUUUAAGACACUAAUAAAAAUCCUUGUAACAAACAUAUUUGCAGCAAUGCAUUGUUUAUUUGUAUUU